AUGAGCUUACACAGUCAAAGUAUGCUAUACACGGGAAUGGAUAAAUACUUGUAUGAAUUUCAAUUACAAUUAAAUACUACCACAACCACAAGUUCAAUAAUUAAUCAACCUUUAUUAAAUGUAUUUAAAAAGAAGAAUUUACAAAAUAUAGAUAUAAAUAAAUUAUCAGAAUAUGAACAACCAGAAGAACCACAACUACAACCAGAAUUUGAAUUUAAUAAUCCUACAAAAUCUAAAUUAAGUUGUAUAAGAUGUCGUAAAUAUAAAAAGAAAUGUUCAAGAACAUAUCCUGAAUGUUCAAAUUGUGAAUCAUCAUCUGAAUUAUGUAAAUAUAUACCUAGAAAAUCAAGAAAUCCUCCAUUACAGUCAAUAGAUUCAAAUACUUAUACAAUGAAAAGGAGAAAUAAUACCCUACCCAAUCUUCUUGAUUCCAGAAUUACUGAGACUAAUAAUAAUCAUAAAAAUACAAAACGUAAUAAUUCAUUACCAAAUAUAAACAAUAGUUCUACUACUUUAAUGACACCCAGUUCUACCACCUCAUCCUCAUCCUCAUCCAUAUCAUUGGAUACAUAUCCUAAUUAUUAUUCAUAUGAUAAAAGAAUAAAACCUAAUGACUUUAAUUCAAUUCUAAAUUAG